AUGGUCAUGGUACAUAAGCCGCUCGGCUCGCCUCCCCUUCCACUCCUCUCGUGGCACGCCACAACCACGACUGAGCCCUCGGAGGCUCAUCGUCUCUCUCUCAUCGGCACGUCACCUCUGCCGGCACUGCUGCGGGCUUCUCGCCCCUUCUCGCCCUUCUCGCCCGUCUCGCCCUUCUCGCCCCACCUGUUGACUGUCAUGGGUUCGCCUUCCCACGGCGUGGCUGUGCGGAGCCUCGUGCUCGCUGCACUGGCUGCUCUCAUGCUCUCAGCCUGUGCGCCCAGGGCUGCCGCCAUUCGCCAUUCGCACGGCCUGCUGACAGCUGCUUCAAGCAACGCCGCUGACCACUCGUGUGUGCAGCGCAACUGUGGCGCCAAUGCGGUGUGCGUGAAGGACAGGGGCAGCGCCACCUGCGUCUGCAACGUUGGAUUCUCCAUGACCCCCACCGGCUGUGUUGACAACUGCGCGCUCAAGGCGUGUGGCAGCAACGGCAAGUGCAUCAAGGACAGUGCUGGAGUGGCGUCCUGCGUGUGCAACGCUGGCUUUGUGCUGCAGGCUGACAAGAUUACAUGCACUGGUGCGUAUGUGCUGAUGUGUGAUUGCACAGCAACAGAUAAUAACCCCCCCUGUCUUUUCCGACAGAUCGCUCUAUUCCGACGCUACACGUGCGUGCUCAAGAGGUGUGGGAGCAAUUCCAAGUGCGUGAAGAGCGCUGCAGGAGUGGCGUCCUGCGUGUGUGACACUGGCUUCUUGCUGCAGCCUGAUGGCGUCACUUGCACUGACACAUGCGCGCUCAAGGCGUGUGGCGUCAACGGCAAGUGCAGCAAGGACAGUGCUGGAGUGGCGUCCUGUGUGUGCAACGCUGGCUUCGUGCUGCAGGCUGACAAGACUACAUGCACUGACACGUGUGUGCUCAAGAGGUGUGGGAGUAACGCCAAGUGCGUGAAGAGCGCUGCAGGAGUGGCGUCCUGUGUGUGUGACACUGGCUUCGUGCUGCAGCCUGAUGGCGUCACAUGCACCGACACAUGCGCGCUCAAGAACUGUGGUGUGAACGGCCAGUGCAUCAAGGACAGCACUACUGGAGCGGCGUCCUGUGUGUGUGACUCUGGCUUUGAGCUGCAGGCGGAUGGCAGGACGUGCACUGACACCUGCGACAUCAAGGACUGUGUGUAUGGUGGGUGCAUGAAGGACGGACUCGGAGUGGCGUCCUGCGUGUGUCAAGAUGGCUUUGCGCUGCAGGCGGAUGGCAGGACGUGCACUCAUGUCUGGUUGAUCCAGAACUGUGGUCUCAACGGUCAUUGUGUUCCUGCUGGUAAUGCGGCUACCUGUUUGUGUAACUCUGGCUAUGUGCUGCAGGAGGAUGGCAGGACGUGCAAGGACACCUGCGUGGCUCAGAACUGUGGUGCAAACGGCCGGUGCAUCAAGGACGAUACUGGAGCGGCGUCCUGGGUGUGUGAAUCCGGCUUUGCACUGCAGGCGGAUGGCAGGACGUGCACUGAUGUCUGUGAGAUCCAGAACUGUGGUGCCAACGGCCAUUGUUUCCCGUCUGGUGACGGGGCUGUCUGCGUGUGUGACAAUGGCUACGUUCUGCAGGAUGAUGGCAGGACGUGCAAGGAUGCUUGUGUGAUCCAGAACUGUGGUGCCAACAGCCAGUGUGUUCCUAUGCUCAACGGGGCUGCCUGCCAGUGUGACGAGGGCUUCCAGUUGCAGUCAGAUUACAGGACGUGCCUCCGCCCCAAACCUGCGCUCAUCGAGUGUGCCCCGGGUUACCAGCUGCAGGCGGAUGGAUCGUGCUUCCAGCCUGUGACCGAGUGUCCCCCGGGUUGGGAGCUGCAGGGCGGUGUGUGUGUCUACACGCAACUUCCAUUUGAGGAAUUCGGUGGAUAUGUGUGUGUGUGUGACGAUGGUUUCGACAUGCAGUGGGAUGGGUCGUGCGUCUUCAACCGACCUCCACCUGACGACAUCUACUACAAUCCCUGUGACACCCUGAAUUGUGGUUCUUAUGGCGAGUGUAUUCAAUCUGGUCUUACCACGGCUUUCUGUCAGUGUUACUCGGGUUAUGAGAUGCAGAAUGGGGAGUGCGUGCUGCAGAACAGCCAAGGCCCACCUCAAAUCGAUCCCUGUGCCACCCUGGAGUGUGGUGCGAACAGCAAAUGCAAUACUGUUGGUAACGCGGUUACCUGUGUGUGUGUCGAUGGUUACGAGAUGCAGAAUGGGUGGUGCGUCUCCAGCCUACCUCCACCUGCAAUCGAUCUCUGUGCAAACGUGGACUGUGUUCCGAACAGCAAAUGUGUUGCUGGAGCAUUCUGGACUACCCGUGAAUGUGACCCGGGUUUCACGUGGCGGGCGGACGAAGUGUGCAUCCCACUUCCAUCUGCAAUCGUGCGCUGUGCAUCCAUGGACUGUGGUCCGAACAGUGCAUGCUUAGAUUAUGCUGACAAUGUCAUUGCUACUCAGCUGUUACACGAUAUGUUACUUUCUACAUCCACCCACCCUUGGUCCCACAUUUGUGUCUCCAUCUGCCACGCUCUUUCACCCCAACUCCUUCCCAAUGCUACUAUUGCGGAUUCUUCGACUUCUUCGGAUUUAACUAAAAAUCAAGAAACUGUUCUGGCAAGGUGCAUCCUCAUCACUCCCGUGACCGCACAUCCCGCGGUGUGGGAGCACCCAUCAGCCACUCUCGUCAUCCCAUCAGCCACUCCCGUCAUCCCAUCAGCCACUCUCGUCAUCCCAUCAGCCACUCUCGUCAUCCCAUCAACUGGUCUUCCAGCUGCUGUCUCUUGCAACUUAGGGCACGGCAGGCCAAGGGCUGAAGGCAUGGAUUGUGUGCAUCAGGACCCUCGCUGA